UGUCAAAUCCAGCUGUUUAUGUUCUGUUUCAGUUUGGAUAUCGUUGUGAUUGGAGAAUAGCGGCUACCGUGUGUAGGGAAAAUUCAGUGAAAAACAUUGCCACUAAACAUCUAGCGGCGCGUGGAAAACCAAAAAUAGGUCGACUUACAAGCAAUACUAACCACAGGUGAAUUUCAAUGUGCUCGUCGCUGUGAGAAUGAGUGUUUAUUCAUCGAGUUCUUGCGCAUAAGGUUUUGGAAGGGAAGUGCUUUUCACGUUUUCAACUCUCUUUCGUCUUUGCACAGUGUCAGAAGCAAGUCGCACAUUUUUCGGAACAGCAGUGCAGUUCUAGAACCCGAUAGAAUCAUCGAGAAUCUUCCGAUUUUCUGACGAAAUAAAACUUGGGAAUCAUUCCCGGUCGAAACCCAAUAAAAGACGUUGAACUACGGUGCUUACAAACGGCAAAAAGAUGGUGAAUGAUAACACGCAAAAACCUCAGGAAGAUCCAAAUGCGUGCAAGGAGCGAGGCAAUGAAGAGUUCAAGAACGGAUACUGGGAUUCGGCAGUUACAUGGUACAGCAAGGCAAUUGCACUUGGAGAAAAGCAUAAGGAUUUACCGGUGUAUUACAAGAAUCGUGCCGCAGCGUAUCUAAAGUUGGAAAAGUUUGAACAAGCAGCUGAAGAUUGCUCUAAAUCCCUGGACCAGUGUCCAAAUGAUCCGAAGGCAUUGUUCCGUAGGUUCCAGGCCUAUGAAGCUCUGCAGCGGUUUGAAGAAGCUUAUAAGGAUCUCCGGACGAUCCAUACUUACGAUCCGAAUAACAAAAUGAUCAAACCGCAUUUGGAAAGACUGCAUGCAAUUGUCCAGGAACGAGCUCGCGAUCGGGCACAGACGACGAACAAGGUCACCAAGAUGUUCGAGAUUGCCUUUGAUUUGGCUGCCCCCAAGGAGAAACGCGAACAAGCUAUGAAUAACAUUGUCGUGCUGGCUCGUGAAUCUGCGGGUGCUGAAGUUAUGUUGAAAGAUGGUUUGGUCACUCGUAUCGGCAAGCUGCUGAAAGUGGAGAAGAAUAACGACAUUAUUAUUAACGCUGUUCGAGCUAUUGACGAAGUUUGCACCAAGAGUGUGGAGAGAACCAAAACCGUAAUUAAAGAGCUCGGAAUUCCGUGGUUCCUGCAAAUCCUGGACAGUAACGUUGAAGAUCGCGUUGUUGCAUCGCAACAUUGCAUGCAAACCGUUCUCAAUUCUUUAUCUGGCUUAGAGAACAAGGAAGAUUCCAAACCUAAUAAAGACCUUGUGGAAGCCAACAAGCAACUUAUCGAUACCCUGCUUAGUUGUUUGGUGUAUUCAAUCACGGAACGCACCAUCACUGGCUUGGCUCGUGAUGCAAUUAUGGAACUGAUCAUUCGGAACGUGCAUUACAAAACCAUCGAUUGGGCCGAACGCUUGGUAGAGAUGAAAGGACUUCACCGAUUGAUGGAGGUCUGCUCCGAGCUAGAGGAAUACAAGUAUGAGAGCGCCAUGAACAUUACCCCAUCCUCGAGAACCAUUGCUUCGGUUUGCUUGGCCCGUAUCUACGAAAACAUGUACUACGAUGCCGCGAGGGAACGCUUCAACGAGCAGAUCAGCGAGUUCGUCAAGGACAAACUGCUAACCCCUGAUCACGAGUCGAAGGUCCGAGUUACGGUGGCGAUUACAUCGCUUCUGCUGGGUCCGUUGGAUGCUGGCAAUGCGAUGAUAUCGAGGGAAGGCAUCAUGCAGAUGAUCUUGGUUAUGGCGCAGUCGGAUAUCGUGUUGGAACAAAAGGUUGCAUGUGAAUGUAUCAUCGCCGCUGCAUCUAAGAAGGACAAGGCCAAGGGCUUGGUCGAAACUGGUGCAGAAAUCCUGAAGAAGCUGUACACUUCCAAAAACGAGGAAAUCCGUGUUCGAGCUUUGGUUGGCCUCUGCAAGCUGGGAAGCUCGGGUGGUUUGGAUGCAUCGAUUCGCCCAUUCGCCGACGGUUCGACGAAGAAACUUGCCGAAGCUUGUCGGAAGUUCUUGAUCAAGCCCGGCAAAGAUAAAGACAUUCGAAAGUUUGCCGCCGAAGGUUUGGCUUAUCUCACGCUGGAUGCUGACGUGAAGGAGAAAUUGGUCGAAGAUCGUGCCGCCAUACAAGCGCUGAUUGAACUGGCCAAAACUGGAGAUCAGUCGGCGAUUUAUGGUGUCGUAACCACGCUGGUCAAUUUGGUCAACGCAUACGAAAAGCAGGAACUUCUUCCGGAAUUGGUACAACUUGCCAAGUUCGCAAAGCAUCACAUUCCGGAAGAACACGAGUUGGAUGACCCGGACUUUGUGAGUGGUCGUAUAAUAGUUCUCGCUAAUGAAGGAGUUACUUCCGGUUUGGUUGCCUUAUGCAAAACUGAAAGCGACAACAGUAAAGAAAUGAUUGCUCGUGUUUUCAACGCACUCUGCAGUGAGCAAGAAGUUCGCGGAAAGGUGGUUCAACAAGGCGGAGCUAAGGUACUGAUUCCUUUAUCUCUGAAGGGAACCGCCAACGGAAAGCGCCACGCUGCUCAAGCAUUGUCUCGCAUUGGCAUCACAAUCAAUCCUGAAACUGCUUUCCCAGGUCAGAGAAAUCUGGAAGUCAUAAGGCCUCUACUCAAUCAAUUGCAUCCAGACUGUUCCUCGUUGGAGAACUUUGAAGCAUUGAUGGCUCUUUGCAAUCUUGCGUCUAUGAACGAAUCCACCCGACAGCGCAUCAUCAAAGAACAAGGUAUCAGCAAAAUCGAAACUUACAUGACAGAGGAUCACAUGAUGUUGCAGCGGGCAGCUACUCAAGUCAUGUGUAAUAUGGUUCAGUCCCCUGACGUUGUCAAGAUGCAUGAAGGCGAGAAUGACCGAGUCAAGUUCUUGGUGUUGCUUACAAUGGAAGAAGACGAGGACACUGCAGUUGCCGCAUCGGGAGCACUGGCUUACCUUACAUCGGUUAGUGACAUCUGCUGCGAAAAAGCAUUCAGCCCUACCUGUUGGCAGGAAGCCUUCAACACGUUGGUUGCCAACCCGAGCCCGGAAGUGCAAUACCGUGGCACUGUCAUCAUUUACAAUAUCAUCAAAUCUAAUAAAACACUGGCAGAGAAAAUUUUCGAUACAGAUCUACUACGGAUGCUGUAUGGCGUGACGCAACUAAACGACGAAAAACGAGCCAAGGCCAUCGAAAUGGCACAAAAGUGCCUGAAGAUUGCCGAAGAGUAUCGCCUUAUUGAGGAGAACAAGGAUGCUGAUAUGGCCCCUGAUGUAUUCGAACAGCAAAAGCAGGAUGCGACAAUUGAAGAGAUCGAUGAGUAAGACGAUUACCGGUCUCAAGCAAAAACUUACGUACUGAAAGUGCAUUACACGGGAAAAGUUGUUCAUUUCCGACUUUUAUGUAAUUUAGUUUUAAUUUUUAAACUACAUUAAGAGUUUGAUCAAAACUAGGUUUAGUGUUUUCGUAAUAAAAUAUUUAUCCAAGUCUGAA